AAAUUAAACAGGUUUUCCGGUAGGUAGUGUCUACUAUUCCGGAUUUAGUUAGUGUUUAUAACGUGUUUAUCAAUAAGUUUUAAAUCUUUAAAUACGAGAAAACUACAAAACUGCAUACAAGUUCAUUGUUAACAUUUUAAUAAUUUUGUCUUAGAAUUUGAAAGUAUGGGAAAGUUAAUAUCAUUAAUUAUAUUUACGGUUUUGAUAUUUUGUGUUAAAAGUCAAGAAAGGCCAUUUUACGCAUCAGGAGGUUCAUACCCAAACGUGUUACCUCAGUAUUUACAAAAUACUACUGAUUUGGAUAAUAGGUUCGGCGAAAAUGCUACCACAAUAAAUUAUGACAAACAAUGGAUCGAUUGGAUUCAUAGUUUACCGCCUGAAAAACAGCCUUUCUCAGUCAUUAAUGCUGCACACCUAAAUAGCUCAAGAUAUCCACAAAAUCCUCAGCAGCUUCCAUCGUCACAAACGUCAUACCCACAGUCUUCAUUUUCCCAGUCAUUUACACCUCCUCAAUCUCAAGAUUUGUCACAAAGAUUCCAAUCUUCACAGCAACAAUCAGUAUCACAAACAAGACCUCAAUCAUCACAAUCUUUAUCAAUUGAAGAACAAAGACGACUUUUAGAAUUAGUCCGGCAACAAGAAAAUUUAAUAAAGCAACAGAGUCAAUUAAUUUCAAAUUAUCAACAAAUGCAACAGAAUAUAAGGAAUCGUAAUAAAUAGUUGAUAUUUCAUAACUUAACAAAAAUUUCAAUUACUUUAAAUUAUUUUAUAUAACAACAUAAUGAUAAUUCUUUAUGAUUAUGAUGUAUUUUAUAUAAUUAUUAAAAAACUAUUAUCUAGAAUACAAAAAAUUUAAUUGUUUUUAAAUAUAAUUUAUUUAAUAAUUUAAACUUAUUAUUUAUAAUCAUUUCAUAUAUGAUUUUCAAACUAUAUAAUUCAAUAUAUGUAUUAAAUAACCAUAAUUUACAUUUUAAUAAUUAAAAUUAUUAUAAAUGUAGUUGUAAAAUAAUUUAUAACUAAUAUUAUGUGUUGUGAUUUUUAUUCUAUAAAAAUCAAUUCAUUUUAGUUAUUAUCAAUAGUGAUUAAGUUUAAAAUAAUUGUAAAUUUAUUUAUGAGUAUUCUUAAACCUAUAUGUAUGUGAUAAAAACUAGUUACAGUUUUUUCGAUUUAUUAUUAUUAUUUUUAAGUUUUAAUCAAUUAUCUAGAUAUAUUAUGUAUUUAUAACAGUAAAAUAUUAUAGGUUAUCACGUCUUAUUUCAUAUCAAGUUUUGAUGAGUAACACUCCGCAACCUAUUUUUAUUUUAUUAUCAUUAUGUGUAAUGCGACUUAAUCCUUUUUUUGUAGAGGCCUUUAAGGUAAGAUAAAAAGUUGAGUAUUCUCAACUUUUUAUUGUGCGGGAUCAGUGGUGCAACUAACGGGGAUGCUUUAGCACCCCGGCUCUAGUACCUUGAUUUAAUUUCAAAACCUAUAGUUUCGAUCAAGUAUUGUUAUUUAUAAAAAUGUAACAUCAGUUAUUUAUAUCAUUUUAGAUAAUACGAUCUUGUAUUGCGUUUAGAUUAUAUUGAUAUUGUAGUAAACAGAAUUGUAAUUUUUAGUUUACUGGGACAUUUCAAUAUUAAACCACCGAUCAACAGACAAUCGUUAGCUGUUUUAUGUAGACAUCUAUAAACCGCUAUCAUUAAUACAGCUAAUUUAAAUUACAUUAUUUCUUUUAAAUUGACCACUUAGUAAAUCGAAAAGUCAAAAUAGUAUUAACAUUUUUUAUUGGUUUUAUGUCUCGACCUAACGCUUCCUCCAGUCAUAAAAAUAUUAUAACUGAAUAUUACAGAUAUCACAAUAAAAUAUUUUAAACACAAUUAACUUAAUUAACACAGUAAAUAUUUCUAAAGAACAUUUUUUUGAUACAAAUAAAUAAUUUGUUGGGGUUUUUCUGAUUUUUGAAUACAAAUGAAUGAUAUUAUUAAAAUUGGAAUACUAUGGUUCAUUACAAUAGGGCGGAAGCUAUAAUGAAUAUACCUUAUUCGUAGUUAUGUUCAAAUAAAAAAUAACAGUAAAAAUGUAUAAUUUUUAUAAAUAUAUUUUUGUAAUAAUCUUUUAAUAUUUUAUUAGAAAUAUAUCUGUUAUAUUUA